CUAACAUAUUUAUUUUACUUGAUAGGAGCGUGUAAAUGAACUUUAUCUUGUCGGUUUAAUAAUAUGUUUGUGACAGUGAGGUAACAUACAUAACAAAUCAGCUUUAUCGUCUUCUGAGAAUCAAUAAUGAAGGUUCUGAUAGCUGUGGAUGGAAGUAAAUUUUCUAGAGAUGCCUUGGAGUGGUACAUGAAACGCAUUCACUUGAGAGAAAAUAAGAUCAUCAUUGUCCAUGUGACGGAUCAUCUCCGUAACUUUGCUUAUAACACAUCUGUGAUACCAGCUGAUCCCGAGUUAAUCCAGUUAGCGUAUCAGGAAGAAGAACACAAGGCCAGGGCUUUAAUGGAUGAAAUGGGGGACUUCCUCACUAAGAACCAAAUUGAGGGUGAAGUUAUUCGACUUUUUGGAAACCCCGGAGAACUGAUUGUUAAAAAGGCACAGGAAAUUCAGGCAGAUUUGCUAAUAUCAGGAAGUCGUGGCUUAGGUCUCAUCAGGCGGACAGUGUUAGGAAGCGUCAGUGACUUUGUCAUACAUCACUCUGAAGUCCCCGUUAUGGUUUACAAACAUUAAAAACCAACAGACAUCAACUUCGAUUGUUACAUCAUAUAUUUUGUUAUAAAAUAAAACAUGACUUUAAGUGUU